AUGUCACAACGCAUAAAAAAAAUUAUGGAGUUAACUAUCCAACCAAAUAAUAUUAUUAUUAAUGUUAAUGAUAAUCUAGAAACGGCAUAUAAUGUGGAAAUUGCUGACUUCCACAUUGAAGCAGACUUGAAUUUGACAGUUGGUUUAAACAAUGAUACUACUUUUCCAACAGCAGCUAAUAUUUCCAAAAAUUCUCUACCGCCCAUCGAAUCACAUUAUUGCCGAUCCACCACCAAAAAAUACUUGAUGGCUGAACGGAAGUCAAAACAAGCGCUGUAUAAAUGUUAUGUUGAAGAUUUGUGCAAGACUCGAGAUGUGACUCCACUUUCAAUUUCAUCUUUUAAUACCGCAUUAAACUUGCGAAAUAUUGCUCUGUUUCGUCCCAACAAGGACGAAUGUGAGAAGUGUGCGGAAGUUGGUCAAGUUUCGGAAAUUGAUUAUCAACUACAAUCAUUAAAAAAUAAUGAGGCCAGAUUAGAAAAAAAAAAUGAUACUAGGAAUGAAACGUACAUUUUUACCGAAACCGAAUGUCAGUAG